AUGUAUGGUUUAAUUUCAUUUGGAAUUUUCCUGCUACUUCUCAAUGGCGCACAGUCACAAGAGAAAUGUUUUGCAGUUUGCGCCGAAACUCAAACCACUGAAAAGACUCAAGCCGCAUGCAAGGAAGGGUGCCGUCUAAAAGUGAUUUUUGCAUUCGCAUCCAAUAGUGAUGUUAUAUCAGCAAGGGAAGACUGUUAUAAUGGUUGUGCUAAGUCAUACAGUGAUGAUGUGGAGAAGCAAGCUUGCUCAUUUGGUUGUGAUGAAAAGUCAGAUAUGGAGAAGUCCAAGAUUCAUGUAUCAAUAACUGAUAAAAGUCCUACGUUUCAAGUGGCCCGCGGAGUAAUGGAGAAAAUGAUGCAUCGCAUAAGCAAUUCAUUUCCAUCACUAGGGCAGUUCGGUUCGGCAUCCUCAGAGGAACGUGGUGAUCGUUUCUGGGAAGAUCCAUUUGCGCAAUUCCAUCUCAACAUGCAGAAUGAAAUGGCGCGACUGCACCAAAUUGCUCAGAAUUUUUUUAAUUUGCAACGUGCACGAACUGUUAUGCCAAUUAUUGCUAAAAACAGACCGGAGGGACAUGAGGAGAAUGCAAUGGAAGGGUUUCCCGUUGGAAACAGUGACAAGAAUGGUGAAAAGAUUAUGGAGGUGAAACCAGUAGAAUUGAAGAAUAAAGAACAACGACUUCUAGGAUAUGAGGGCGAAAAUCCAACUGUUAUGGAGGAGUCGUCGCUUCUUUCUCGACUAGCGUCACGAGCUCGUCGUCUUUCAGUACUUAGCCAAUGGCUUAUUUGUGUUGCGCUUUUUCUUUGUUUUGUUUCAAUGCUUUCUAUCUCAGUGGCAAUCUUGAAACAAAUUAAGUCACAAAAGUAUCUGAAUCUGAGGAAUACGCAUUCUGUUGUCCCGCUAACAUUCGCAGAACCUCUUGCGGCAAAGAAAAUACCUUUGGAACCGACAGCAGUAAUAACAGAUUAUCCACUGAUUCACGACUCUCCUCCGCCAGCUUAUGAUCAACUUUCAGUUCAUAAGGAGAAACCUGAAAGCGGUGCUGAUAAUUCUGAUCCUAAAGUUUAA